AGACUGGAGUAAUGAUGCUGAAAAUUCAGCUUUGGUCACAGAAAUAAAUUACAUUUUAAAAUAUAUUCAAAUAGAAAACAGUUAUUUUAAAAAGUAAAAAUAUUUUUCAAAUUUUACCGUUUUUGCUGGACUUUGGAUCAAAUAAACGCAGACUUGGUGAGCAGAAGACACCUCUUUAAAAGCAUUAAAAAUCUUACAGUUCAAAAUCUUUUGACUGGUAGUGUAUAUAUAUAUGUACAUAUAGUAAUUUAACUCAAGGAUAAUUGUGCCUGUGUUUGUGUUUCUAUUUAUGUCUACAUUUAAUGAGUGUUUAACCACAUUACUUGUCAGAUUGAAGCAGGGAGCCAAUAACAGACAGGAAACAGUGAAAGAACACAGGAAACCAGUUUGUUUUCAGUUUUCCACUGACGUUUUUUUUUUCUUAGUAGUGGAAAAACUGUAAUUCUGGAACACACAUGUUCUCACUUCGGGUCUGGUCACUGUAAGAACACACCAGCAUUGCAAACAUGCAAUUUAUUUUCUGACCUGUUCUGUUUAAUAGAUGCUUUUUCUGCAUAGAAAACACUCCAUAAUGAUUUUAUGUUAGUAAAAAAAAUUUAAUAUAUUUUUAUUGAGCCAGGAUGCGUUUAAUUGAUAAGAAGUGACAGUAAAAACAUUUAAAAUGUUACAAAAGAUUUUUAUUUUAAAUAAAUGCAGUUCUUUUGAACUUUCUAUUCAUCAAAGAAUCCUGACAAAUGUCAGUUUUCACAAAAAUACAAAACUUCAAGUUAAAUUAAAACAAAAAAAUACAAAAAUUUGCACUUUUUUCAUCACUUUUAUUCAUCAAGCACACAUUAAAUUGAUCAAAAGUGACAUUAAAUACAUUUAUAAUAUUACAAAGAUUUCUGUUUCAAAUAAAUACUGUUCUUUUGAACUUUCUAUUUAUCAAACAAUCCUGCACAACUGUUUUCAACAUUGAUAAUAUUCAGAAAUGUUUCUUGAGCAGCAAAUCAGCAUAUUAGAAUGAUUUCUGAAGAAUCAUGUGACACUGAAGACUGGAGUAAUGAUGCUGAAAAUUCAGCAGCUCUCUUGAGUGGGUGUCAGAUUUCGAAUCGUCACUGUUGCAUGGCAACCUUUAAAAACUCAAGCAGUCACCAGCAGCACUGAAGCCUCUUCAUUCACUAUUCAAUGGAAAAGCAAGUGUACCAUUAUGCAGAAAUAUGUCUGCCUCGAAAAAAGAAGGUUUGGGAAUCUUUCCAUUCAAACACCUUCAGGAUCUUUGAUGAGACAGUGCCGGAGCGUCUCGAUCCGGUCCGUGUCUAUCAGAACCAUAAACGCCAUGCAAGAGACCCACGAGAGUCUGAGACCCGCAACGUCCCACAUCCUCACAACGCCAGAUUCAUCACGACGAAUGUCAGAUUCCUUAAUGAGCCCAUCGCUCACAUGAAGACGAGACAUGCUGAGACAGACCAGUUUACCUGGUGGUCAAACAGCCCUAAAGAAGAUGGACCCGUGAAAGCUCCUUACAGUAAAGGCAGCACUCAGAGAAGUGAUUUCCAGCCGAUCAGAGCCGCUCCGGUCAGAGAACGAGAGACAAACAGACCCGCAGCCACAGGAAUCAUCCCUGCUCUGAAUUCCUUUGAGCAAUCAGAAAAACCCCAGGAUUUUCAUAGAUGUGAAUGAUUGUUGAAGAUUUCAUGAUCAGCCCUACACAGGAAAGCGUCACAGAGGGUUCGUGUGGAGAGACGGCGAGGCGACGGGGCCCGGCACAUUCCAGAGCACAGAGGGGUCGCGUUUGCCCUCGGCGGGGACGACAAACCUGUUGAACUGCUCUCAGCUGGCCUCGCUCUCAGCUCAACAGAUGUGGGAGAGAAAAGAGGCCCGUCCCAGCAGAGAGACCCCAGAGAUCAACGUUCCCAAAGACGGAGGGGAAUCCCUUUUGUUCGGGUGGGACAGCGAAAUGAACUCAUAAGAACAUGUCUAGAUCAUAUUUCACCUCAAAAUAAUAAAAAAAAAACAUUUGCAUAAUGAAAGAAGAUUAUUUUCAUGAAGCAUGUACACCCCUAAUUCUCAUUACAGUUAUGUAAAAAUAUUUUAUAUAUUAUUUCUAAUAAUACGUAUUAUUUAUAUAUUACAUAUAGAAUACACAAACUGAAUGAUGUGUCAAAAUUAUUAUUCGUUUUUUUUUUGUAUUAUUUAUAUACUUUUAUAGUAUAUAUUCAUAUUUUGAAUUAGAUUUUACUUUAUAUUUUCAGUCUGUAUUUAAAUUUUAGAUUAUUUUUUAGUCAUUUUGUAUUUAGUAUUUCUAUUUAGAUUUGGUUUAUUUUAAUUCAGUUUUAGUUUCAGUAAUUUUGUUGUGGUUUUUCAAUUUUUAUUAUUACUUUAAUAUUUCUAUUUAGCUUUAGUUUACUUUAAUUUUCAGUUUUAAUAAUUUUGUCGUGGUUUUCUCAUUUUAUUACAUACUGUUAUAGUAUAUAUUAAGAGUUUACAUUUUAUUUAUAUAGUUUUAUUACUUUUAUUUUAAUAUUUUUAGUUUUAAUUUGGUUAAAUCGUUAGUAAUUUUGUUUUGACUGUCAUUUUAUUUGUUUUGUUUUUUUAUUUUAUUUGGCUUUAUUGUUAUUUUAUUUCAGUUUAGAGUUAUUAUGUUGUGAUUUUCUCAUUUUUUUACAUACUGUUAUAGUAUAUAUUAAUAUUUUAAAUUAGCUUUUAUUUUUACAUUUUCAUUUACAUUUUAGUUAAAAUUCUUAGUAAUUUUAUUCAUUUUUUAAAAUUCCAUUUAGCUUUAUUUUAUGUUUUAUUUUAUUUCUGUUUUAGAGUAAAUUUG